CAUUUCCAAAAUGGCGAACAUUUAGGUUGUGUGUUACUGUUAUCUUUUUUGUUUUUUUAUAAAUUUUACACGCUGUUGACUUGACAUUGAGCUUUAAUGGGUCGCUCGCCGAGUCCGCGGCGGCGUGAGGACCGUCGUGAUCGCCGGGAGAGAGACAGGGAACGCGACCGAGAUCGCGACAGGCGGAGGCCCAGGACCCGGUCCCGUUCGCGAUCCUUAGAUCGUCGAAGGCGCUCCCCAGAACGCAGACGGUCGCCGUCUCCACGCCGGAAACGAUCGAGGUCCGUCUCCGCGACGCCUACGACAUCAUUCGCCCCGAAACCAAAGAAGAAUUUCGGCGAACGGCCCAUUGUCACGCCAGCAGAUUUGGAGGGAAAAACGCCCGAGGAACAAGAAAUGUUGAAGGUGAUGGGUUUCUGCGGCUUCGACACUACAAAAGGUAAGAAAGUCGACGGCAACGUCGAAGGAGACGUACACGUAGUAUUGAAACGAAAAUAUAGACAAUAUAUGAACAGGAAGGGCGGCUUCAACAGGCCGUUGGACUUUGUCGCGUAACGGUAGCCCACAACCUAAUUUUCUUGUUUGUUAGGCCUCCAGGGCCGCCCGAUGUGAUAUUGGUUCUUUUAAAGCUUGUUCAUACAUAAACUGAUGUAUUCCAUUACGAAUAUGAACAUUUUUAGACAAUAUUGUCUCCUGUCUUGAUCUUACAAAAGACACGUAACCUUGACCCUUUUAAGCCAAGGACAGACAAGUUGAAUUUCUUUACGAAAUCAGUUGUGAGGACAAGCUUUAAGAACAAUUUUAUUAGGAUUAAGUGUUAAACUGUUUUCCAUUUUGUAUUGAACUAGUUUUUGAGUUUUGGCUGUGAUAUACAUACAUACAUUUUUAAUAAUUACUAACACUAUUUUAUACACUUUAAAUCCACUGAAAUGCUAUUUAUUUUUAAUCAGUUAAUAUAAAUCAAUAUAUUUUGAGGUUAUAAAAGAAAAUUACAACAAUUUUAGUUAAUGAAUAAUAUUAAACAAACACAGCACUACUAAAUAAAUAUCACAACUAAAACUCAGAAAUAAUAAUAUUUUGCCGCACGACACUGAAAAAUAUCAAUUGUAAAUAUCCGGUGCAAACAACAAAAUCAAACUUACUGGGGUUCAGUAAGAAAUGACAAGAAAUUAUCUUUUUAGAAAUACCGAUCAGUAAGGUUUUAAAAGUAAGACGUUGAUUCGAUGUUGUUUUGUGGCAAAACUUAGGUUCUAAGUUAGAUAUAAGCCCGUUACCUCAGUGCCCGCGCGCAGCUCUCGCCCGCGCGGGUUUUGGUUGAGCGCUCAGCGCACCAAGAAAUCUCAUGGAGUUGAUUCGGAAACGAUAACAUGGCUGAUGAAGUUAGUGCCAUACCGUCAAAUGAUCAAAGAUUACAUUUGUAUUGCAGACAAAAUUAUCUUCAUAAUAAUGUUGACAUCUAAAACCUAACAUUUUUAUAAAGAACUUGAUUUGACUCCAAUCUGCAAUUUAAACUAAGUAAAUCUUUGAUAUGCAGCCUCCAGAUAUACAUUUCCAUCGAUAGUCUGGGUUGAUAUUUGCAUAGCACCACAGGACACCAUAGAAUUGCAUGUUAUAUUUUCUUGGUGUAACUUCACAUAGCCUUUCCAUAAGACUGAUUUGUCGUAGCUAAGUUGAACGUUGCCCGCGCGACGCGACACACACAGGAACCAUAGUUAUAUUUAUACACUUUACACCCCCUCCCCCCAACCUUUAUCCUCCACAAUGUACAAUAGUUACAGAUGUACGGACCAGAGUGUGAUUUUAUCAAUGUUUUUGUGUUUACGAAUGAUUGGGGCGAGAAAGUAAUUCCUAAAUAUAUUUUAUUAUGAUUUUAUCUAGUCCAUUUAUAUUUAAGGGCAUUUUAAAUAUGUAAUCAGAGAAAAAUAUUAUUUUAUAUUGUUUUUUAUUGAAAAUUUAUUUAAACAUAUUAAUAACUGUAGCUAAGACUUAUAUUAGUUUAGAUUCAAAUAAUUAUAUAAUAUAAAUCAAAUUUUAAAUAGGAGAUUUUUCACCCCGAAGUAAUUCAUAAAUGACAGAUUAAUAUUGACAAAACUGCUCUCUGUACCGUCCGUCUCCAUAGACCAUAUACAAUGAUAUACAAAUGUUGCAUAUAUGUGAUAUAUUUAGUAUUAGACGCGCACACGCGCCGCGCGGGGGCUCCGGCAGCAAUACGAAUCGUAUCCGAAUUAACUUCAUUGGAUUUGUCACUACAUCGCACCCAUUGAAUGAAUCUAAUGCAAAAACAAUUCACUAACCGAUGAAAAAAAAACACUCUUUGAACUGUCUAGUCUCAAUCUGGAAUCUACAAAGUUACUUGCAUGCCAUGCGUUAAAAUACCGUUUAAAGAAGACAUGCAUUUUUUUAAUCACUGAAAUAUUAUUUUCUCUUCUGGAAAUUGUAAUAAAAAAAAAAUCAUUUUUUUUCAUGAUAAUUGUGUUAUGUUAAAACACAUGAUAUUCUUUAUAUAUUUAUAUAUAUCCUCUGGUUUAAAAAGAUUUUUAAAGCUAAGUUUUGUUUUUGUUUAUAACAUAUAAUAUCUUUGGCUGAAAGAGAAUUUAAAAAAAAUAUAUAUAUAUUUUUAAUUUUAUAUAUGACAACAACAAUACAAGAAUCGAAUAGAUUCAUUCCCACGUGUAUAUACCACGAAUUUGUAUUUAUUUUCUAUUGUAAUUCUAAAUUGUACUUCUCAUAUUGAUAUAUAAUUUAAAAUUGUGAAUAUUAGAUCUAAAAACAUAUCUAUAAUUCGUAAUCCUUGGAAGCUUCUGUCAUUUGCUUUAAGAUAAAUACUUAUUUCCGACAUUCAAAUAAUUCUCCCUUUACAUGUGAUGUCACUUUUAUUUUUUAAUUUGAUUUGACUUAUCAAAUUUGUGUUAAAGGCAAAAAUGACAAUGACUCACUAUGUUGAGAAUUUGUGUAAAUUGAAUGAUUGAUGUAUGAUUAAAAAAAAAAAACAAACAUAAUAUUACUCUGCUUAGUAAUUUGUUUAUGUUUAAAAUUUGUACGAAUUUAAAAAAAUAUUCUUAAAUCAUAUUUUUUUGCUGUUAUGUGAAUUAUUGCAAAGUUAUUUUGUUUAAUACUAGUUUGCUACGAUACAAAUUACUAUAUUUUUUUGUAUAAAUGAUUAUAUUAUGACUGGGUUGGAUAUUUUUUUUGUAAUAUUUCUCUGUAGCAGGCUAUAGCAAGAAAUAAAAAUCUGGUUUAUGUUACCUGUAAAAAAAAAAUUGCAAUAUUUGCUUUUCGACGACAGAUUUACAUCUCAAUAAUAUUGUUUUGUUUGAUUUGAAAUCUGUAAAAUUUCACCAUUAAUUUUUAUUGUACUUAUAAUAGUCACUAAGAAUAGUAAAUUUUUUUUACAUAUGAAAAUAUUGAUGUGUCAACUGUCAGCGAUUAACUCUUGUGAACUCUCUUCCGAUUGUGAUUUGGUAAUUUUUAUUCAUAUGUAAAAAUAGUUUGCUUGGUCCAAGGAUGUAAAAUUCAAAAUAAAACUGAUUUGGAUUGAAA